ACUCAGUUGGACGGAGAGUUGUGUUUUCUUCCCAACGUGUUUUCAUCAAACUCAGAUUAAAUGAGUAUUUAUCUCUUUAACAUUUGAGUUUAACUGUUACUUAAACAUGGGGAAGCGGCCCAGUGAGGACUCCGAGGUCUCGGAACCUCAGGCUAAGAAAGUAACCCUGACAGAGUUUAAUGGCACUAUUUUCAAAUCCAUGCUUAAGGAUCCAACUAAAGCCAUGAAGGCGCUGGAAACAUUUAUAUCAUUUGCAAAGAAGCUGCCGUGUCCGGACUUAUACGAUGUGGUCGAAGGUUACAUUAAAAUCUCCAUGGAAUGCGCAGAGAUAUUCAAAUUGCUGGCAGUGGAGAAGCCAGUUGACAAGGAGAUGAUGCUGGUGUUCCAGAGCUUGGAGAUGAUCCUGUUGAGGACGGCCAGUGAUCUGUCUCACCUCAGCAUGGCGGGCAACGCCGUCGUGAAGAAACUCUCCAGCUCCAUGAAGGUCAUCCAUGCGUCGCUGCGCUCGGAGAACCUCGAGUUGGUGCGUCUGGCCCUGUGUCUGCUGUCAGCCAUGGUGUCCCAGGGGUCGGAGGCGGCGCGGGAGGUCUACGCCCACUUCAACUUCAGCCAGGGGAUGGGGCGGCUGGCCCGGAGGAAGGACAAACAGGGGCGACCGGACAUUCGCAUGGCGUACAUUCAGUUUGCGGUGUCCUUCCUGAUGUCUGGAGACCCCGCCACAGUCGGACAGAUCCUGGAGGUCAAAGAGCUCCUGCCGGAGAUCUUAAACUCUGGGAUCAGUGCAGACAGAUUGUCCAUCGUCAGUUUGAUUCUGUCCACUCUCAAGUCUCGAGUGGUGAAGAACAAGGCGGUCACUAAGACCCAGAAGGUGCGGUUCUUCACGGCGGUGCUGCUGACAGACGUGUCGUCUCUGUACCGCUGGGAUGGCAUCAUAGACGUCAGCACGGAGGACAACGACACGCUGGGUCAAACCCCAGAGCAGGCUGCCAAUUCGGUGGUCCGGGACCUGGCCCACAGCUUCCUCCUGGAGGUCUGCAGCUCCCGCAAGAACGGCAUCAGCUUCCACGACCCCAGCUACGGCACGGCCGGCCGGGCGGGGAACAUCAUCCUGCUGCAGUUCCUGGGGGGGCUGAAGCCCACGGAGGACAUCCUGGUCGAGGAGCUGGUGACCAAGACCCUGAGGGCCAGCCCGGACCUCCUUGGACGCUUCUUCAAGGAGAGCCGCUACUCCUUCGCCCCCCGCGUUCAGAGCGCCUGGCGGGACAACGUGCAGCUCGUCAAGAAGAUCUACGAGGCUCAGCCGGAGAUCUCGUCCGUGUUCAGGACGCGGGAGUUCAUCCCCCUCCCCCGCCUGGUGGCCAUGAUCAUGGUGACGUCCCUGCCCCCCGUCUGCUCCAAGACCUUCUUCACCGCCGGCCUGACCAUUUCUAACACGGCGGUGCAGCACACCGCGCUAUCCAUGAUGUCGUUCGUUCUGCGGAGAGCCCAGAAGAACAUCGACUUCCUGCUCGACCCGGCGCUGUGGGAGAGCUCGGAGGCCUACACCCUGGACAACAUGGAGCCCCUGGUGCAGCAGUACAGGGAGACCGUCAGCAAGAUUCUGCCCGACAUGACUAGCAUCGUGUCCAACUGGCAGUCGCUGUCCAAGAAAGAGGAGCUGGAGGAGAAGCUCAACAUGGCCAAAAAGGGAAAGGCCCCGAAGACCCCCGAGGAUAAAAAGCCCCCUGAAAGUCUCGCGGCCGACCCCGCGGAGGUCAUCAUGCUGAAGGCCCUCCUGCUGCAGGUGAUGUGUCUCUACCAGAAGGUGGCGCCACACUUGGUCAGCCUGUGCAAGUUUGACUUCAGCAAGCUCUUCAGGGGCAUCGUGUCGGAGGAAGGCUUGAGAGGAGAGGUUCCCCCCGUUCUCCAGCACCAGGUCCUGCAGCUGGCCCUGGAGCUGCCCUCCUCCAAGUUCUCCUGGGUCCGCCUACAGAACGCGGUGGAGACAGAGUCUUCCAGCGGGGAGAAGCCGGUUCUCUUCCUGCUCCUCAAGAUGUUGGUCAGCAGCCGCAACGCUCCACUCAGGAGGCUCACCAAGAGGCUGGUGCUCAAGGUGCUGAAGGACACGGGUAUGUUUGACUACACCAGCAGUGAGCUGGAGUUGUGGCUGGAGCACCUUGGCCAGGUGGAGCCUGAGCACCAGGACACCGUCAUCCACUUCCUGGAGAGGGUGUGUGUGAGGCUGCUGUCCAACCAGUACGUGUACAGUGAUAAGGUGGCCACUCUGGUGCAGGACGCAGCCUACCUGCACGCCUCCCUUACCGGCAACGAGGCAGACGCAGCCAGCAUCCCCAUCUCACACAUCGACGACGUGCUGGACAUGGUGGACGUCAUCAUGGAGGGCAACGAGGGGGAGCUGGAGGAGUACGGCCCGGCCCUGAGCGAGGACCUCAUCACGCAGACCUUCCCCUUCAGCGCCCUGGUGCCCGCCGCCCUGGACGCCCGCAACAAGAUGCCCCCGCAGCACGGCGGCGUGUACGACUACCUGGCGCGCGUGCUGACGGACCUCCUCCACGCCCAGAGGGAGCCCCUGGCCCUGUGCCUGGCGCUGCUGCAGUACGACAAGGAGCUGGCCUCCUCCUCCUCCUCCGAGCCCCCCACCGGACCCCCCCACCCCUCCGUCUGCCUGCUCCACCAGUACUACUCCAAGUGGCUCCCCCAGCAGAGCCAGGAGGCGCUGUUCAAAGACCCCGCAUCAUCGUCUUCAUCCUCCUCAUCGCCGGCGGCAGCGUCUUCCUCCCUGUCGGGGCUGCUGAAGGCGUCCUACCUCCAGGGACCCGGGGCCCUCCUCGAGGAGAGCUUCAGGGGCCGUGCCCGGGAGUCUCUGACCGGCGUCACGCUGGCAGAGCUCCCCCUGGUGGUCAACCAGCUGCUGCUCUACACCCGCUCCACCGUGGAGGACUUCGGCUCGCUCCCCAAAGGACUGGCGCUUCUGAAGGAGUUGCUGGGGAUCCUGUUGGACGUGGUGGUCCGGCUCCAAGCCUUCAAGGAGCCCGCAGUCCCAGAGACCACUGAACCCCAGCCGCCCGACUCCAAGGACGCGUCUGACCUCUUCCUGUCCGACGACGCCUCACCGACACCUGAGACCAGCAAGCAACAGGUGGUGGCGUCGGCCCUCUCCUCCAUCCUGAAGCACCCGUGUGUGGAGCAGUGGUUCCUGGCCCUGGAGCUGUCCUCGCUGCCCGCCAACUCUCUCAACCCCGUCAAGCUCAGGCGCCUGGGCGGCCAGAUGAGCGAGGGGGUGCUGGCCCUGCUGGAGGCCUGCGCCCCCCUCCUCCGGGACCUGGGCCGCCCGGACCUGCUCGACCGCUACCUGGUCGCCGUGGAGACCGCCGUGCUCCGGGAGCUCCAGGACUCCGCCUCCCAGAAGGCCGAGCAGCAGCAGCAGCAGUCGCGGCCGCUGCAGGCUCUGCGAGCGCUGCACCCCUACUUCGGGGCUUGCCAGCUGAGGGGCGUGGUCUCCACCCUGUUGCUCCUCCCCCAAGACUGCCUGGUGGUUGCCCCCGGCAACCAGCUGGGUCUGUACGGGACGGCGGCGUUGGAGAUCCUGACGGAGAGCGGCGGCGGUGGCGGCGGCGCCGGGGCCGGGUCCCGGCGUCUGCCCCUGACCCGGGCCCACCUGCAGGGCCUGGGCACCCUGCUGCUGGCGUGCUCCAGCAGCGCCCGCCUGGAGGACUUCCUGCUGGCCACGCUGAGCGGCGAGCCCGGUGGCGCCCGGCUCGUGCACACGGACGUCUUCCUCCACUGCCUGGAGCGUGCGGCGAGCCCGGGGCCCCGGGGCCUGUGCGGCCUGCUGCUGGGGAACGGCCCCGCGCACCGCCUCCGCUUCCAGCUCUGGUGCCUGGAGGCGGGCAACAUGGAAGCCGUGGCGGAGCGCACGGGAGACUUCCUCCCCGUCGUAGACGCCUACCUGCUGGCGGCAGGCGGGGGCGACCCGGCCACACCCACCGAUGUGCAAUCCCGGGUGCUCAAAGCGCUGAAGAAGGCUCUGCUGCCCAAGCUGUGUGGGUCAGUUCUGGACCAGGCCAGCGGGGGUGAUGUGGGAGCACACGCUCAAACCCUGGGCUCUCUGAUCCAACUGGCCGCCAGCACCAAGGACAUCCGUGACCUCCUCAGCAAGCUGCCAGCAGCGCUUCAGUCGGCAGAGGGUUACGAACGGUGGCAGCUGGUGGACGUGGUGAAGGACAAGCUGUCUGAGAGUCCGGAGGAGCAGGAGUCCUGGAGGAAGAGUGUGGUGCUGUCAUCGCUCAGGUGGCUGGUCUCCGCCUACAGCCGGGCCAAACAGCAGCCGGAGCCACCCUGCAGCCAGGAGCAGAACAUCCUCGAGAGGCUGCUCAAACAUAUGACCUUUGCGGAAGAUCUCACACCAUCCGACUGGAAUAGUUUUGUGAAAAGCGGACUAAAGUACCGCUACAAGGACCUGUACUUCCUGGGAGCCCUGAGGGACCUUGUGGAGCUGAUGUACGUGGAGGGGGACGCGGCGCCCAAGGACUUCCUCCCACUCGCCACCAUUCACAUGAUGGUCAGCAGCCACUCCCUCUUCCUGCCCGCCAUGUUGGAGUCCGACCAGGACGCGGGACACUGUCCCCAGACCAAGGAAGCACUGGUGUCUAUGGUUCUGUGUCUGGUGAAGAGGUGUCCUGCCGUCUGCAACGUCAACCACUUUGUAAUCAUGUUGGGAGCCUACGGAGCAACGCUCAGCAUCAAGGACCAGAAGCUGCUGCUGCUACUCCAGGAGUAUGAGAAGAACAACAUCAGCCUGCUCAAGUUCCAAUGCCUGCUGUGGGGCUCGGCGGCGGUGGAGCACCACAAGGCCCGCAAAAGCCUGGGAGCGUCCUUAUGGCAGCAGCCCAGCUCAGAGGACCUCCUGGCCCUGCUCAGCCCCGACCGCAUGCUGAACACCAUCGCUCACUUCCCCCAGCAGCGCAGAAUCAUACCCCAGGAGGGAAAAGAGCUUCUUUAUCAAGACGAAGAAGUGAAGGAACUGGGGCACCUGUACGACCCUUGCUACCUGCUGCCCCUGUUCAGCACCAUUCUGCGACCAGACUGCGUGGUGAACUGCUUCAAGUUUGUGUCGAGCCACGCCUUCGGCCUGACGGUCACGGCCCUGAGCAGCUACGACCCUAAGGUCCGGGCUGCAGGAUACCACAUCCUCACCUCCUUCUACCCCCACCUGGAGGGCACGGCCAGCGUCAAGAAGAGACAGCUGCUCUACCUGAUGGAGAUGAUGAAGAACGGCAUCCGGCAGAAAAAUGUCCGCCUGCCCUUCAUCAUGACCACGUACCUCUCCAAGGUGGCGCAACAGAUGCUCAAACCAGAGGAUCAUAUGUACGUGGUGCUCAACAAGUUCCUGCUGUCCCACCAGAGCCUGGACUUCAGGAGAGUCCCCGACUUCUUCAAGCUGUUCCACAGCUCAGACACAGAGCAUAAGCAGGAGCGUGAGUGGUGUCUGGGGCUGUUGGAGGAGGGUCUUCGGGACCGCUACUGCUACGAGCUGUGCAGCCAACAGGGCAUCUUCCUGGGCCUUCUGGCCUACAGCAGCAGCCCCCUCUGUGAGGAGGACACCCAGGUCCAGAUCCUGAGGGUGUUGAGCCAGGCCGGGCGGGUCCCCAAGGCAGCCUACCACCUGACCAAGAGCUGUGGGCUCCUCCCCUGGAUGCUGCACCUGCUCAGGAGGAGGACCCUGGAGCCGCGGCUGCUGAGCGGUGUGGUGGCCCUGCUCCACGUCGUCUGGUCCACCAACCUGGGACAGAAGGACACGCCGCCGGAGCCGCCCCAGACGGACCGGCCGCCACAGCCCGUCGCCAAGACCCUCCCGCUCCCCCUGGUGGACGAGUUCCUCUGCGUGGCGUUCACGCUCAUCCCCUCUCUGAGGACGGAGGUGAGACCCGCCCAGCUGAACCUCUUCCUCCGGACCCUGAGCUCCAUGCUGAGGCAUCGCGGCUCCGUGGGCGUGGCCCGGGGCGACCGCUUCACCCUCAAACCCCAGCGCCUCUCCUCCACCGACGCCCUCUCCCUGCUGCAGAGCUGGGCCUCGCUCUCCCACGACGCCACGCUGCUGGGACAGCUGCAGAGCGUGGCCGAGAGGCACGCCCUGAGGGGGCUCCUGGGGACAGGCAGGGCCAAGACCCGAGGCCGACCCCCCGCCUCCCACAGCCGCAAGCAAACUGAGGACCCGGAGGAGGACAGCGACAGGGAGCAGCGGGAACAGGCCCUCCUCACGGCCUGUAAAGGGGACCUCCGCAUGGUCUUCACCCACUGGGAGACCCCCGCUUCCGGUCACGCCCCCAGCACCCCAAGUCGCGACGGCGAGGAGGCGACGGUCGUCGACAGCGGCCUGGCGGGCGACACGGCCCUCCUGCUCACCCGCUGGUCCCUGAGCACCCUGCUGGAUCACCCCUUCCAGCACCCCCCCACCCUGGAGUUCCUCCGCUGGUUCCACAGGGUGGCCCCCCCGCACCCGGACACGGUAGACAAGAUCCUGGGCGACGCCGGGGCCAAGGAGGACCUGCUGCGGCUCUACCACCGGGCCGUGGAGCUCCGGGCUCCGGCCUCGCCCUCCCCCUGCAGAACGGAGACCCUGGAGCUGUUCACUGGCGUCAUGCUGCGUCUGCUGGAGGCCCAGGGACCCCUCCCUCUCGGGGAGCUCCACGCCGGGGUGGUCUCCGCCUGCCUGUCGGACCCCUCCACCCCUCAGGCCCGACGCGACGCCGGCGUGGUGCUGCUGUCGCUGUACGUCCACGAGAUGUGGAGCGGAGCGCGCUCGGCCGACCUCUUCCUCCAACACGUCCGCCUGGUGACCGCCGCAGCCAAGCCCAAGGGGAAGAGGAGGACGACCAAAUCUACGCUGGAGGAAUCGCAUGUCAGUGCCAUCUGUAAUGACAUCGUCGCCAGGACCACAGACGGUUCCGGGACUCAGCCCUCAGUUUAAAAAAACAGAAAGAAUGAACCUUGACUUUUAAUCCUGUUUUUGUAUAAAAAUAACUAAACGUAAAAAUGAACUAUUCUGUUUUCUUCUGUUCGAUUUUUUAUCAUGUGUGUUUGAAACCGGCUCAGCUCAGUUAUUUAAGUAAUAAUAAGGAUAUGAGCUCUGUAUAUUACUACUGGGUAAAUAAAAUACUAUCCUACACAUUA